AUGGGCUGUAGACGGGAGAGAAGACGGUAUGUGACUGACAGUAGACCUAGACGGGAGAGAAGAGGAGAGUGGGAUGAUGCUGCUUGUUCCCUUGUGGAGUGGGCGUCUUAUUUUUUGAGGUCUGGACACAGAGGGAAGGAGGGACACAGAGAAAAGGAGGGACACAGAGGGGAGGAGGGACACAGAGGGGAGGAGGGACACAGAGGGAAGGAGGGACACAGAGAAAAGGAGGGACACAGAGGGGAGGAGGGACACAGAGGGGAGGAGGGACACAGAGGGAAGGAGGGACACAGAGAAAAGGAGGGACACAGAGGGGAGGAGGGACACAGAGGGGAGGAGGGACACAGAGGGAAGGAGGGACACAGAGAAAAGGAGGGACACAGAGGGGAGGAGGGACACAGAGGGGAGGAGGGACACAGAGGGAAGGAGGGACACAGAGAAAAGGAGGGACACAGAGGGGAGGAGGGACACAGAGGGGAGGAGGGACACAGAGGGAAGGAGGGACACAGAGAAAAGGAGGGACACAGAGGGGAGGAGGGACACAGAGGGGAGGAGGGACACAGAGGGAAGGAGGGACACAGAGAAAAGGAGGGACACAGAGGGGAGGAGGGACACAGAGGGGAGGAGGGACACAGAGGGAAGGAGGGACACAGAGAAAAGGAGGGACACAGAGGGGAGGAGGGACACAGAGGGGAGGAGGGACACAGAGGGAAGGAGGGNU